AUGCAGCCACCCCUGCUCCUGCUCCUGCUAGCCUUUUUCCUACUCCUCGGGACAGAAGCAGGGGAGAUCAUCGGGGGACAUGAAACCAAGCCCCACUCUCGCCCCUACAUGGCCUACCUUCACAUUAAAAAUGAGAAGGAGUCCAGGUGUGGCGGUGUCCUUGUGAGAAGGAACUUUGUCCUGACAGCUGCUCACUGCAAUGGAAGGUCAAUCAGUGUCACCCUGGGGGCCCACAACCUCAAAAAGAAGGAGAAGACCCAGCAGGUCAUCCUAGUGAAAAGAACCAUCCCCCACCCAGACUAUAAUCCUAGGAACUUCUCCAAUGACAUCAUGUUACUGCAGCUGGAGAGAAACAUCAAGGAAACUAACACCGUGAGGCCCCUCCACCUGCCCAGCAGCAAGGACUGGCCAAGGCCGGGACAGAAGUGCACUGUGGCUGGCUGGGGGCUGGUUGCCCCCAUGGGCACAUACCCAGACACUCUGCAGGAAGUAGAGUUGACUGUGCAGGAGGAUUGGGAAUGCCAAUGUCGCUUACAGCGUUAUUACAACAACAACACUCAGCUGUGCCUGGGGAACCCGACAGAAAAGAAGGCUUCCUUUCAGGGGGACUCCGGGGGACCUCUCCUGUGUGAAAAUGGGAUCCAGGGCAUUGUCUCCUAUGGACGCUCUGAUGGAUCAGCACCACGGGUCUUCACCAAAGUCUCAAGCUUCCUGCCCUGGAUAAAGAAAAUCAUAAAAAACACCCAACUGCAGGAACCAGACUCUCUUCCUUGGAGCUAA